AUGGACGAUUACGAGGCGAUGACGGAAGCUGUCAAAAAUGCUGACGUUUUGUCAAUGUUGCAAGAUGUAGUGGCAAUUGACGCACAUGACGAACAAUCGCAGGAGAUUAAAGAGAAAAUUCAGGAUAUUUUGAAACAGUAUGAGGUUAUGGGGGAAGAAGAUAGAACAUUGUUUGUAGAUAGAUUAAAAGAGGCUUUGACGGAGAAAUUGUCUAUGAAAAUGCAGGAAAAUGAUUUCUCCUAUUGGCCUAUGUUUGUCGCUGUUUUCUUCGUGGCGUCUGUGAUUGUCUUCUUUGGAUAUAAACUAUACAAGUCGAUAAAAGAGAAAGAGAUGAAGAAAGAAGAGAAGAAGAAACAGAAGCAGUCGAAAAAGAAGAAAUGA